AUGCACGAAAACACAACUCAAGUAGGGCGGUCGGGUGCAGGAACUUCUCUCUCGCCGCAGUCAGCCUUGCUGAUGAAGUUCACGGAGGUGGUUAGCAGGGCGGGCUCUAGCGCCACUAUCCGCCAUGACUGGCUGGGGAAAAAUAAACUGCUGCCAUGUUCCAACUGUGCUAACAAAAAGAAAUCGUGCACCACUGCUCGAUCUCCGCGCUGCAAAGGGUGCCAACGCUCGAAGGAAAAGUGUUCAAAUUACGCACUUUUCCUUAUUGACCAUUCGGCGGAUGCCCUUGGUAUUUCCCGAGAGCAGGCAGCAGCGCUGCUGCUAGCGUACCGUAACUCGAAAGUCCCCAUUGUUGUGAAAUCUGAGGAGAAUGAUGCUGAUGAGCGGGAUCGGGAUUUAGCGAGACAAUGUGACGAAGAUCAAGAUAGGGAGGAAACUGAACCGACUCACCAAGAAAGAGUGCCGAGCCAGCAUAGAAGGAUCGCUGACCGGCUGGCAUUUUCGUCAAUCAACCACUGCGUCGUCUCGUUGGCGGACAUCAAAUCCGCACAGGAGGCGAUGGCUUGCGUGAAUUUGGUGGAGUUAAAGUAUCUGGUCGGGGCUGACGAGAAUGACGAGGGAUUGAAAACGGAAAUCGCAGAAUUGCAAAACCUCGUCGAGAACUCCCGUCAUGUGAAAGGAAUUUUGGCAGAGCUGGAUGCGGGAAAGGAGUUGGCACGGAAGGAACGGAAAAGAAGAAUCAAAGUCGAGAAGGAUGCGACCGCAAAGAGCGCCAGGAUCGUCGAACUGGAGAACCAGGUGGCAGAGCUUCGCGGAAGGCUGUCGAAUAUAGAAGCCAGCUACAAAGCCCGUGCUGACCACCUGACGCAAAUUAUUCAAUCAGAUUUAACUGCACAUGCGGAGGAGCCAGAUAAAGGAUCAGAGACGAGAAGCAGAGUACGCCGGAAUUUGGGCAGCUCAGAGGCUGUCAGGAAACGCAUUCGAAGCGUUGCUGACGAGAACUCAUGA